UUGAAAAAAACCACGCUGAUGAGAGAGACUGAGGAAGAGAGAUUGAGAGAAACCCAAAACUCGGCGGCGGAGAGACGACGACGUCGACCGUACAUUCGCACUCGUCGGAGCAGACGACGACGAUUGGUGAGGAAGAGGAGUCACGAAGAGGAAGCGACUCUGCGAGCCUGCGUUUUAGUUUAAGUUUUUUUAAAAGAAAUUAGAUAGUUGAGACCAUACCCCGCUGUAUAAGCAGACAUUGGGCUUCCUGAUUGAGCAAUGGAUGAUGAAGUAAAUUAUGAGACCAGAGUUGAUACUUACACAACAAAUAGUGUAGGUGAUAGUCCUUUCCCAGGAUGUGAAAAUGUUACUACUCUCAUACAUGUUUCACGACCAAAAGAUGUGGAAAGCGGGCGAAUGGAGCUUCCAAUAAUUAUGAAGGAGCAGGAAAUAAUGGAAACUAUAAACAAUAAUGUUACUGUGAUUAUCUCUGGAGGGACUGGGUGUGGCAAGACCACUCAAAUUCCUCAGUUUCUUUAUGAAGCUGGCUAUGGUUCAGGAAAAUGCCCUAUGAGAAGUGGUAUUAUAGGUAUAACCCAACCUCGUCGUGUUGCUGUGCUCUCUACAGCAAAACGAGUAGCAUUUGAGCUUGGACUACAACUUGGUAAGGAGGUUGGCUAUCAAGUCAGGCACGACAGAAGCGUUGGAGAUAACUGCUCCAUCAAAUUUAUGACUGAUGGGAUUCUGCUUCAAGAACUGAAGAGUGAUUUUAUGUUGAGGCAUUACUCUGUCAUAAUUUUGGAUGAGGCUCAUGAAAGGAGUUUAAACACAGACAUACUUGUUGGGAUGCUUUCUCGUGCUGUUAAGUUUCGCCAGGAAGAAGCUGAGAAACAGCAGCAAGAUGGAAUAGAAAAAUAUAAGCCUAAUGAUAGAAUAUAUCCUAUAAAGUUGAUCUUGAUGAGUGCUACCUUGCGGGUUGAGGAUUUCACUUCAGGGAAACGGAUAUUCCCUUUAUCCCCGCCAGUUAUAAACAUCCCAGGAAAUCAGUUUCCUGUGACAAAACAUUUCUUAAAGAAAACAGAGCUCAUAGACUAUAUUGGUGAAGCUUAUAAGAAAGUAUUAAAAAUUCACAAGCUGCUACCUCCAGGUGGCAUAUUGGUGUUUGUUACUGGCCAAAGGGAAGUAAAGCUUUUAUGCCAUAUGCUUCGUCAAGCUUCGAUGAAAUUUGUAUCCAGAAGUUCUGAGGUUAAUGAAGAGUCUGAGGCAACUAAAGUGACUGGCACGGUUGUAAUCGGUGGGUAUAACUUGAAAAAUAGUGAUGAAGUCCUUAAUACUGUUUCAAGCUCCAAUAAUAAACAACAAAUGGACAGGUUCAGUUGCUAUGAUGAAUGUCGGGAUAAAUUAGACAAAAACGAGGCGUAUUUUGCUCUCACUUCGGAGGAAGAUAGUGAAUCAGAUAUUGGAAGUGAUUUCGAAGAUGAUGGAUCAGACAAUGGGGAUGCAUAUUUUGCCGUUAGUUCUGGGGAAGAUAGUGAAUUGGAUAUUGGAAGUGAUUUUGAAGUUCACAAGUCUUGUAAAGUAGCUAAUAACAUUGUUGAUAUUACUGAAGCUGUGAAUUCUGAAUCAUUGAGGGCUGCUUUUGAGAAUUUGACAGAAAAGAGUGCUUCAUCAUCAGAUUACAACAGAAACGAGAAAAUUUCUGCAACCCAGGAUGUUUGCUCUUGUCAGCCUUCCAGCUUGACUAAGCAAAACGCAGAUAGAAAGGGUCCUCUCAUUGGUCCAUUAGAUGUUUUGCCUCUUUAUGCUAAGCUUCCAGAAGCAGCUCAGCUUCGUGUGUUUGAGAAAAUUAAGGAAGGGGAGCGUCGAGUUGUUGUUGCUACCAAUGUUGCUGAGACCUCUUUGACAAUCCCUGGGAUACAAUAUGUGGUUGACACUGGAAGGGAAAAAGUGAAGGAGUAUAAUCCAUCUAAUGGUGUUGAAUCAUAUAGAAUUAAGUGGACAAGUAAGGCAUCAGCUUCUCAACGUGCUGGAAGAGCAGGAAGGACAGGACCUGGUCAUUGUUAUUGCCUCUAUUCUUCUGCAGCCUUUACUAAUCUGUUUCCAGACUUUUCAACUCCCGAUAUCUUGAAAAUGCCUCUUGAUUAUGCUGUUCUCCUUUUGAAAUCUAUGGGAAUCGGAAAGGUUGCAAAAUUCCCAUUCCCAACCCCUCCAGAUGCUGAAGCGUUAGGGGAAGCACAGAGUCGCUUAAUGUAUCUUGGAGCAUUGGAUAGUAAGUGUAGGGUGACACCUUUGGGCAAGACAAUGGCUCAGUAUCCAAUAAGCCCACGACAUUCGAGAUUGCUCCUGCAGGCCAUACAGUUGUCGAAAGAAAAGAGGGGUUCUGUACGACCAAAUCUGGUUCUGGGUUAUGCAGUGGCUGCAGCUACCGCCUUGAGCGUUGACAGUCCUUAUUCAUUUAGGUAUGAAGGAAGUCAAACCAAUACUGAGGACCAGGAUAAGGAACAUGAAUCUGGUUUUUUGGGAAGCCAGAAAAGCAGAGACCAGCAUGCUAAAUCAAUGAUGAAACAAAUGAGAGAAUCUGCUAACUGUUGUUCUGCAACAUUUGCCAAGCCUAAGAGUGAUGCUUUGACAGUAGCUUAUACCUUACAGCUUUUUGAGCAGUCUAGGAACAGAACUCAAUUCUGCAAAGAAAACACACUGAACCUUAAAAUUAUGGUAGAAUUGUCCAAGCUGAGAAAGCAACUACUAAAUAUAGUCUUCAAAGAGAGAAAUCAAAGGGUGCAGCCAGAGUUUUCAUGGUCUCAUGGAACCAUAAAAGACGUCGAAGAUAAUUGGGCAGUAGCUUCUGAUAAGUAUCCCCUCUCUCAAAAGGAGGAGAACAUCUUGUGCGAAGCUAUAUGUGCUGGUUGGAUAGAUAUGGUUGCCAAGCGCACAAGCGCCAGGGAAUCAUCAGACGGAGAUAGAAAAGUCAAUGCCAUUCGCUAUCAGGCAUCAUCGAUGGCUAAAGGAACAGUUUUUCUUGGUCACUGGUCAUCUGUCCAUGAAGCACCUCCUGAGUUUUUGGUGUAUCAUGAGUUGAAUUGCACGAAACGGCCAUACAUUUACAGAGCAACGAGUGUGAAUCCAGAGUGGCUGGCGAAACUUUCUGGGCCUUUAUUAUGCAAAUAUUUAGCACCUUCGACAAAUCAAAAACCUGUUUACGACCCUCAUUGUGAUCAGGUAUUCAAUCAUGUGAUUCCAUAUUUCUGUCGUCACAUGUGGGAACUCCCGCCGGACAAAGUGCCAAUAGAAGAUGAUGAAGAACGUACUAAAGUCUUUGCCUAUGCUUUGCUUGAUGGUCAAGUCCUACCUUGCUUAAAAAUUGUGAAGAAUGUAUUAGUAAGCUUGCCGAGCAUCAUAUUGAAGCCAGAAGCAUUGGGUCAGAAACGAGUGAGCAAUCUUAUAAGCAAGUUGAGGGGUAGAACAAUUGAUAGCUUUGCUGAGCUGAAAGAAGCAUGGAAAGAAGAUUCGCUAUAUUUGUAUCUGGAAUUGCUCGACUUUUUUAAGAAAGAUUCGCGCUUGCUGUUUGAUAAGUUGUGGGGAAUUAUGCAUAAAGAAGCUUUCUCGGUACCUCAGGGUAGAACCAGGAAAAGGAAGCGCGGUAAUAGGGGUUGAUUUUCCAGAUGUUUUGGCCAUUUUAAUCUAUUUCACAUUAUAAGUACCUGGUAAAUAAAAUUUUCAUUACAGUUUGAGAGAAUCUUUAAAAUUCCUCUCAAUACAUAAAGAAAUAUAUAGUCAUGUAGGGUCUUGUUAGAUUCGUUUUAACUAAUACUAUAAAAAUUUCAAAUUUUUACAUAUACACAACUAGAGUUAUUAGACAAAGAAAAUGUGCCUUUGUAAACGUGUAAAAAGCAAAUGUAUCAAACAAUUUGAAACAGAUGGUGUAGUUUUCUACUGGGAUAUGUUUAAUAUAGUUGAGGGCAUUUUUUGUCUUAGUUUAACAA